AUGAUUACCUCAAAAGCUCUUCCUACAGAGAUAAAGUCGUUGAUGGGAAGAUUUUUGGACAGGGCAGCUGAAUUUGAAAAGCGUGAUUUGGUGGUGCACUUUUAUUGCCUUAUGCAUAGUUUGGAUCUUAUCGUGAAAGAACCAAGCUAUUCUAAUAACCCAAAAAUUUUACAAUUUUCUCUGCCCUUGCUGGAGAGGGUAGAAACUAUGAAGAAGGAAAGUGAGCGUGAAGAAAUAAAAAACAGAGUCUGUGGGCAAGCUUAUUUAGAAAAUUACGCUUUAAAAAUUUUUACCCAUGCCGACAAACAAGAUCGUGAGGGAAAGGCCACGAAAGCAACUGUUAAACUUUUUUACACGGCUUCCGUUCUUAUUGAAGUGUGCAGUCAAUUUGGGUCCCUUAACACCGAGCUGGCCGAAAAACUCAAAUACGCCAAGUAUAAAACGGUUUACCUAACCAAGUGUAUAAAUGAAGGGAUCACUCCUCAACCAGGGCCCCCGGAUGCAGAAGACGAGCAGAAACAAGAAGUGAGUAAGCCCAACGGGCUGGAGGCUUCUCCUAACUACCGCGUGCUUCCGGAACCUAAAGACAGAGAGGGUUACCCACCGUUGGCCCACUUUGGAAGCACCGAAGCUGUUCCGCCUGCCGCCAGCCAGUCGAUAAGUUCUUUGUGCUCGAUAACGACGGAUCUCAUACCAAAACGAAAGGAGGACGUGUCGACGAGUGAUAUCAGCAAUGUCGAUAAAAACUUAAGGUCGGUUAGGAGCGCCCUACAGUUCGAGGAUAUCGAGGCGGCCGUGAAGCAUCUGAAGCUUGCUCUGGACAUCCUCACCGUGUCGCCCAUCCGUGAUCACCACUCUUCAGGGUAAUGUGAAAACUUUAUUAAAUACUUAU